AUGCACCGGCCUCCAUCCAGCUGGUUCGAUCUCUCGCGCUGGCACCUGGACAUCGAUGACUACCUGAACACCUUCCUUCCCCCUCCGCCAUGGCACAGGCUGCCUCACCCUAUUUCCCAUAUUCUAGGCCACCGGAGACAACAACCUGGCUUCAUUGGUAAUAUAAUUGUUGCCCUAUGGUCGCUCAUCGGAGUAUUCUGCGGCGUGGCAGUCGUCACUGCAGUGUCGAUGCAUGUUCCUGUAUUCCGGGCCCAUCAUGCCCCAAUUAUUGUUGGGAGUUUUGGAGCUGCAGCGGUGUUGCAAUUUUGCGCCAUUGACUCUCCGCUAGCACAACCACGAAAUGCCAUCCUUGGCCAGUUAUUUGGCAGUGUCAUAGGUGUCGGGAUCGCAAAACUCUUCGCUCUGAACCCUCAUGCAAAGGCUUUGCCUGAGUUGGGCGGCGCUCUCGCCUGCGCCAUCACGACAGCCGUCAUGACCAUGACACACACAGUACAUCCACCUGCUGGAGCUACGGCUCUACUGGCUGUCACUAGUACUACAGAUCUAGGCUGGCUGCUGAUCCCCAACGUGCUGCUGGGGUGUGCGCUCAUUCUCGCGAUUGCACUAAUAAUAAAUAAUAUCUUGCGCCAGUAUCCUCUAUACUGGUGGACAUCGCAGAAUUUGGCGCAGCAAGAGGCCGCAGAUCCGGAGACUGCUGGUCUUCCUAUUACACAGAGAAGUUCUUCAACUCUGUCUGGGGACAGACCUGUAGAGAAGUGUCCUCAAGUGGUAGUGCAGCGUGGCAAAGUGUUGAUCCCGGAAUGUGUGCGUCUAACUGAAAUGGAGAAAAACCUGCUAAUUGGGAUAAGCAAUCGAAUAUAA